AUGUCCAAUGGGAGUUUGGACAUGUGGUUGCAUCCAACAGUUGAAGAACAGCUUCUUGGAGCCAAGAAUUUGACCUUUAUGCAGAGACUAAAUAUAGCAAUUGAUAUUGCUUCUGCGUUUGAUUAUCUUCAUCACCAUUGUGAGACACCAACUGUUCAUUGUGAUUUAAAGCCAAGCAAUGUACUACUUGAUGAAGACAUGACAACCCAUGUUGGUGAUUUUGGAUUGGCCAGGUUCCUCUUUGAAGCAUCAGAUAAUGCCUUACAAAAUCAAACAACUUCCGCUGCCCUAAGAGAGUACAGGGAUGGGCAUGUUUCCAGGCUCAGAGACAUAUAUAGUUAUGGUAUAUUGUUGUUAGAGAUAUUUACAGGUAAAAGACCAACAGAUGGCAUGUUGAAAGAUGACAUGAACAUUAACCAGUUUAUUUCAAUUGCUUUGCCAAACCAUGUCAUGGAUAUUGUUGACCCAGCACUACUCUUUGAAGAAGAAAAUGAAGAUGUUGGAAAAGAAGAAGCCACGCUCAGAAACUUUGAAUCUCCAAACGAAUAA